CACACAGAAAAUCAGUGGUGUUGGAGAGAGACAGAGACCGAGACUGGAACCGCGAGACAGGAGCGGAGACAGAGACACAGAUAGAGACACGGGCGCUGGUUAAAGAGGAAACUCUACGGCAAAGCUAUUGACAUGGACGUGAUAGUCUGACCAGCUCCAGACACGGUUCCGCUCUCCUGCAGGUCCACCGCAGCCGCGAGAAUGUCGUCGGUAGAAGGAGCCGGCCAGCGUGAGGAAGGGGAGUACGGAAGGGCGGCAAAACGGCUGAAAACGGAGGAGAAGGAGGAGGGAGAAGAGGAGCUGGAGGAGGGGGAGGAUUCGGACUCCGGCUCGCUGCCCGGUAACGGAGAGUUAGCGGCGGACAGCCAGGCCCGGUGGAGCUCCAGCCAAUACGGAGCAGGACGCAGGGGUAAUGGCGACGACUCCCAUCGUAUCUCUCCCAGUCCUGUGGUCCAUGUCAGGGGCCUGUGUGAGGCUGUGGUGGAAGCAGACCUGAUAGAUGCCCUGGAGAAGUUUGGACCCAUAUGUUAUGUGAUGAUGAUGCCUUUCAAGCGUCAGGCCCUGGUGGAGUUCUCUGCAGUGGAGAGCGCUGACCGCUGUGUGUCUUGUGGAGCCAAGGAGCCUGUAUAUAUCGCAGGCCAACAGGCGUAUUUCAAUUACUCCACAUCCAAGAGAAUCACCAGGCCAACCAACGCUGACAACCCCAACAGUGGCAACAAAGUCCUCCUGCUGUCCAUACAGAACCCACUUUACCCUAUAACCACGGAUGUUCUGUACACAGUAUGUAAUCCCAUCGGGAGUGUGCUAAGGAUCGUCAUCUUUAAACGAAAUGGAAUCCAAGCCAUGGUGGAGUUUGAGUCAGUUCAGUGUGCUCAGAAGGCCAAAGCUGCACUGAAUGGAGCUGACAUCUACGCUGGUUGCUGUACGCUUAAAAUUGAAUAUGCAAGGCCAACACGUCUGAACGUGAUUAAGAACGACAACGAGAGCUGGGACUACACUAAACCAUACUUGGUCAGACGAGACCGUGGAAAAGGCAGGCAGAGACAAGCCAUUUUAGGAGAACACCCAUCAUCCUACAGUGAAAACGGCUAUGGUCCACCUUGCCCCCUGCUGCCUCUGCCAGGCAACAGCAGAUAUAAACUCACCUCAGUGGAUGUUCCAGACAUGGUGUCCUACCCUCUUCCCCAGUCAUCCUCCUCAUACUCUGGCCACGCACCUAGCUCUGUUGCCAUGGUAAGCGGCCUCCAUCCAUCCAAGAUGAACUGUACCCGCAUCUUCAACCUCUUCUGUCUUUAUGGCAACAUUGAGAAGGUGAAGUUUAUGAAGAGUGUUCCCGGUACAGCGUUGGUUGAGAUGGGAGAUGAGUAUGCUGUGGACAGAGCCAUCACACAUCUCAACAGCAUCAAGGUGUUUGGCAAGAGACUCAACGUCUGUGUGUCUAAGCAGCAUGCAGUGAUCCCCAGUCAGGUGUUUGAGUUAGAGGAUGGCAGCAGCAGCUAUAAGGACUUUGCCAUGACCAGGAACAAUCGCUUCAGCAGCGCCGGACAGGCCUCCAAAAACAUCAUCCAGCCUCCAUCUGCAGUGCUGCACUAUUACAACGUUCCUCCAUGCAUAUCACAGGACCAUUUACUGAGGCUGUGUACGGAGCAUGACGUGCCUGGCUUUGUCAAAUUCAAGAUGUUUGAUGCCAAACCCUCUUCUAAAACCAUCUCUGGCUUGUUGGAGUUUGACAAUAAGACGGAGGCUGUGGAGGUUCUUACUGUUCUCAACCACUACCAGAUCAGGAUACCCAAUGGGUCCAACCCUUAUACCCUGAAACUGUGUUUCUCCACCUCAUCUCAUCUAUAAAAAGUCGCAGAGCACAAGAAGAGGCUGCUGAGCCUGAUGAUGGCUGACCUCUGACCUGAGAGAUGGACGGGGACCAUGAGAGACUGACACACAGAAAUCUGAAAGAAGAAGAGAAUGAGAGAGAGAUGGUCUUUAAAGGAGCCAUGAAGAUGGAAAGAAAGUGUUAAGAAGAGAGAUGUCACUGUCUCUAAACCGAAAAUCAAACAUACACCCAUCAUCCCACCAUACUAUCACAACUCCAAAGCUGACAGACUAGUAACUGUCUGAAAUACUCUAAUAAUGUCUCUGUAUUCUCUUGUGGGACGUCUCAAGGACACUGCUCAUGGGUUUGUGCCAGAAGUCUUCACUGCAUGGUAAACUUUAAGUGUGGACCUAGACAGAGAGACAGACAGACAGAGACUGACCUUGAGGAAUCUACUGCACAAACCUAAGUCCUCUUUGGUGUCGGUCAGACAUCCCUAAAAUCCUGAUCUGUGCACGUGGCAUAUGGUGACUGAAAUCAUUUUUAAUGUUUAAAAAAUGUAUAAAUACAGUGUGUUGCUUUGAAUUGUCAUUGAACAUAUAUAGUAAAUAUGGAUAUGAUCUUAACACAAGUUCUCAUAUAGGGCUCAUGAGAACUAUAUUACAGAGGUGUUGCUCCACUGUUUGGUCAAACACUUUGGCCCAGAGUGAGAUAUCUCAACUACUGACCAGUUGUUAAAUUUGCUUUGGAUAUCCAUGGUCCUCAGAGGAAGACAUCAUGAUUUUGGUGACCCUCUGAACUGACUUCUCCCAUACCGCCAGCUUAAGGUCAAAAUUUUGUUGAUUCUAAUUUCUAAUGUUGUUAAAAAGCUUCUGUUAUUUGUUUUAGGCCCAUCUUCAGCUUUACCACCAACACCAAUACAGAAAAAUCAGACUCUAAUGGGCAGACUGCCAUGAAAUUUACUCAGCACAUUCAUUAUGCUCAGACAAUAACUUCCUUGCAUUUUGGACACUUCGUGAUCCUCCCAUUAGUACCACCCUCGGGCCAAAAUAUCAACUUAGUAUACAAGAUGUCUGAUAAUGCAACUGGUGAAAGUGAUGAAAGUUUCCUAGUCCCACUCAUGUUUCAAGGACAUGAACCCUCUUUAAUUUAAAUGUUUCUAUCACCUUUUUCUCUAGUACCAUCUCCCCAGGAUAAAUGUUACAUUUUCAGCCCCACCUCUGGUGAGACUCCAAAGUUAUUAUCAUGCAUUUUGUUCUGUCUUUCAGAUUGUGCGGUGUAAUGUGAUUACAGCCUCAAGGGGUCGCUAACAGGGUUUUAGACGUUGAGGUUUCUAGUUUUACAGCAGACGCAAUACAUUUUAUUGACAGCACAAAAGAGAGUGAUGUCAAGUCACAGUUAAUACACUGAGAAGAUGUAGCUAAUUAAAAAUAAUGAUUCUAUGUGGAAUUUGCAUGUUCUUCCUGUGCUUACUUGGGUUUUCUUCUCACAGUCUAAAGACAUGCAGCUUAGGUUAAUGGGCAACCCUAAAUUGCCUGUGGGCGUGAAUGUGAGUGUGAAUGUCUGUUUGUCUCUGUGUCAGCCCUGUGAUAGACCCCGCCUUUUGCCCAAUGUCAGCUGUGAUUGGGUUGAGCUUGAUCUUAACCUUGACCUUAACUUAUUUAAAGCUCUUUAAUGUCAUUUUAGUAUUUUGGGCUGAAAACUCGUGAUACUUCUCUGUUACUCAGUGUUGUAUAUAUACAGUCUUAUCUUUAUUCUAACAUGAUACCAGUGUAAUAUUACAGGGAUUUCCCACGAGUCUGUACAUUAUGUCUGUGGGUGUGUUUUGUGCGUUAGUCAGAGUUAGAAAAAAUAGUCAGCAGAAUAUUCCUAACAUACCCACAUCAGGAUGGUCAAACUAAACACAUGUGGCACAGACUUUAUGGCACUUCCUUUCCUGUCGGAGUGAAAACACAGAGCUGCAGACUUAUCAGUUGGAUUGUGUCAGUUCACUUCCAUCAGACUUUCAGCUGGAGUCUUGAUUGUGAUGGUGGAAGGUAAAUGAUUUGAUGGACUGGAGUAGAGUUACAACAGUGUAAUCAAAUUGUUCAUAGAAACAGUGUAUGGGUUUCAUCCACGCUGCCCUGCUCGUUGUAUUGUGCAUUGUUGGGCUUUCACUAAAUUCAACAGAUAAAUGUUGGCUUAUCUUACUAGGUGUUGAGCCCAAAACCAUAUUAGACAAGUAACAGGCUUGAUACCAGAGUUCUGCCUGCAUGUAAACAUAGUCAGUGCUUUUUCAAAGCUUUGAGUAAAGAUAUCGGACCUAAUGCAUCAACCAGUCAAUAUUCAAGUCUGACAUUCAAAAAAACAGUCUUGCUUUUUAUCCUUACUUCCUGAAUGUGAUGUGUUUCCUCUUGAAACAGGAUUUUGGGGUGGGACACUGACUGAUCAACUAAUCAGUGUAAACCGGGAUAUAAUCGAUAGGAUGAGCAGAAAGGCGGGGUUGACAAAAAACUGUGAUUACCUAGUUGGUUGCUUAGUUGGACUCAAUACACCUACUAAUGCAGAAUGAGGUCACCACUGAAGACAUAUCGAUUUCUACCAAGUCGCACUUUUCCAAGAGGUUCAAGGGCCCAUCUUUGAGUCCAUGGUGCAACCUAACACAAGACAGGUUUAAAUGGGUCCAGUUUAACCUUUUAGAACACGGGGAUUACACCUAAAAUAGCUAUUACACAUAUGCACUGCUUUUUAAAAUGGAGUGCACAGCUAGAGUAAGACCAGUGUUUCCAGAAAAAAAUAUGCUAAUCUUACAUCCAAACUCUGCCUACAGCAUUCUCAUUUUUUCUUGUGAUACUUUUAUUUUUAUAAUCUAAUGCUAAUACAAGAUUUUCUAUGGAUUUUGCAUGAGAUAUGUGAAUAAACAGGCUGCCUAAAAUCUGGAAGAUGCAUAGGCAUGUAUGGGUUGCUGACCAGGCCCAAGGGCCCGAAAAGUCUGAGCCUGUAUGAAGUGACUGUUAAUAUUUCUAGUUUGAAAGUCAUAGAGGCCAGUUAAAAGACACAAAAUGACCACAAAAAGACACAAAACGACUAUAUAGGAGGCUGUAUAAAGGAGGGGUGUGGGCCCUUUUGCCUGCCUCUGCCCACAGUCCCAUUUUCUCGUAAUGCAUCCAUGUCCAAAUACAGAGUGGCUGAUUUGACGCACUGGGCUUCCAGUUGUGAGGUGAAGUGCAGUAACAAAAAGCAUAUUGUCUCUGUUCCACCCUUUAUCUUAUAUAGGACAUACAGAUUUCACUGCUCCAAUUCUUUGUUUUAGUACACAAGGACCCAGCACACUUUUCAAUUAAGGCAUGCUUUUUGUAUAUUAUAUGUCAAUAAGGAAAAGGUGUGAAAAGUUUUGACAGAUGUAUCCCACUCAGUCUGCAGUUAAAUAAUUGCUAUUUUAGAUGUUGUGCAGCAGUUUCAUUACAUCGACACUAAGAGGUUUACAUGUGUCUUACAGUACUUGAAUCUUACUGUAUUUCUAAGGAGGUUUUAUUUAUUCUUUUUUUAAGUUAAGUUUUUUAAGCAAUUAAGGGGGUUUAAUAAAUGACGGCUGUUGUCACUCUGAAGCUGAUGUGAGGUUUUAAUUACAGGACUGACAGUAUGAGACAGAUCCAAAGGUAUCUCAUGAUUUUAGGCUGUAAAUGUUUAAGAUUGUUAAUAGUCUUAUAGUAGACUAAUACAUAGAUACAUAUUGUUUAAUUAAUUUAAGAAUCUCUGUGGUUGUAACUUACAUGCACAUGUUCAAACCGAAUAAAUUCAAGUUAGGAGCUGUAAGGUCAGCUACA